GAUUAAGUAUAGAGCCUGUUUCAUGAAAACUGGAUAUUUGGAAGGGUAACGGGGUGUUGGAUUAAUGGUACGAACAAAAUCAGGGAAAGUGAGCGAGUAAGUUAAUGAGAAACAAGGAAAAAGAAUACAGAGAGAGACAGAGAGAGAGAGAGAGAGAGAGAGAGAGAGAGAGAUUGAGAGAGCGUGAGCAUGUGGGAGGGGAAGCUUGUAUGCCGGUGAGCAAAUCGAGUGUCAGACUCGUGGCAGAGGGGUCAGCGCGAGAGAAAGAACGACACGAACCGAACAUUUUCUGGACUUAGCGGGAACGUGAAAUAUCCGCGAAAGGAUGAACGACAUGGAAGCUUACGGAGACGGAUACAUGGAGCCAGAAGAAGAAUGGGAGAGAGAAGGUCUUUUGGACCCGGCUUGGGAAAAACAGCAGAAAAAGACAUUCACAGCAUGGUGCAAUUCGCAUCUUCGUAAAGCGGGAACCGCCAUUGAAUCGAUCGAAGAGGAUUUUAGAAAUGGACUGAAAUUAAUGUUACUGCUCGAGGUAAUUUCUGGCGAAACACUUCCAAGACCAGACAGAGGAAAGAUGAGGUUCCACAAGAUUGCAAAUGUGAAUAAAGCUCUUGAUUAUAUUGCCAGUAAAGGCGUAAAAUUAGUAUCUAUUGGAGCAGAGGAAAUCGUGGACGGCAAUUUGAAGAUGACAUUGGGUAUGAUCUGGACCAUUAUAUUAAGAUUUGCUAUUCAAGAUAUUUCCGUGGAGGAGAUGACUGCUAAAGAAGGUCUUCUACUGUGGUGCCAACGUAAAACUGCACCGUAUAAAAACGUCAAUGUUCAAAACUUCCAUCUGUCGUUCAAAGAUGGUUUGGCGUUUUGCGCUCUUAUUCAUCGUCAUCGACCGGAUCUUAUCGAUUAUAAUAAACUUAGCAAGGAUAAUCCUUUAGAGAAUUUGAACACUGCCUUCGAUGUUGCUGAAAAAUAUCUCGACAUUCCUCGUAUGUUAGAUCCUGAUGAUAUGCGAAAUACAGCAAUGCCCGAUGAACGAGCUGUGAUGACCUACGUUUCUUCCUACUACCACUGUUUUAGCGGUGCACAAAAGGCAGAGACAGCUGCGAAUAGAAUAUGCAAAGUUCUGAAAGUAAAUCAGGAAAAUGAAAGGCUGAUGGAAGAAUAUGAACGUCUGGCGUCUGACUUAUUGGAGUGGAUAAGGCGAACUAUGCCUUGGCUGGCUAGUCGACAGACCGAUAACUCCCUUGCCGGUUGCCAGAAAAAAUUAGAAGAAUAUAGAACGUAUCGUCGUAAGCAUAAACCACCCCGGGUCGAACAAAAAGCUAAACUGGAAACAAAUUUCAAUACUUUGCAAACGAAAUUGAGAUUGAGCAAUCGACCUGCUUAUAUGCCAACAGAAGGAAAAAUGGUAUCCGAUAUAAAUAAGGCUUGGAAAGGUUUGGAGUUGGCAGAGAAAUCGUUCGAAGAAUGGCUGUUGUCUGAAAUGAUGCGUCUCGAACGCUUGGAACAUUUGGCUCAGAAAUUCAAGCACAAGGCUGAUGCGCAUGAAGAAUGGACAGCAGGAAAGGAAGAGAUGCUUACGUCGCAGCACUUCCGACAAUGUAAGCUCAACGAACUCAAAGCUCUGAAGAAAAAGCACGAAGCUUUCGAAUCGGAUCUUGCUGCUCAUCAGGAUCGCGUAGAACAGAUAGCUGCUAUCGCUCAAGAGCUCAAUACUUUGGAAUAUCACGAUAGCGCGUCCGUUAAUACUAGGUGUCAACGAAUUUGCGAUCAAUGGGAUCGUUUGGGUACUCUUACCCAACGCAGGCGUCAAGCGCUAGACGAAGCUGAACGUAUUCUUGAAAAGAUUGACGUUCUGCAUUUGGAAUUUGCCAAGCGAGCUGCUCCAUUUAAUAACUGGUUGGACGGAACCAGGGAAGAUUUAGUGGAUAUGUUUAUCGUCCAUACGAUGGAGGAAAUUCAAGGAUUGAUGGAUGCUCACGCAGCGUUUAAAGCAACUCUCGGGGAAGCUGAUAAGGAAUACAACGCUAUUGUGGGAUUAGUGCGUGAAGUUGAAUCAAUAGUGAAACAAUUCCAAAUCCCUGGAGGGCUUGAGAAUCCUUACACCACCUUAACUGCUUUGGAUCUUACGAAGAAAUGGAGUGAUGUCAGGCAACUUGUACCUCAACGUGAUGGUACACUUCAAGCGGAGCUUCGUAAACAGCAGAACAACGAAUUGCUUCGACGACAAUUUGCCGAGAAGGCUAAUGCGGUUGGGCCGUGGAUAGAACGCCAAUUGGACGCAGUUACAGCUAUUGGCCUCGGUCUUCAGGGUACUCUGGAAGAUCAACUGCAUCGUUUGAAGGAAUAUGAACAGGCGGUCUAUCAGUACAAAGUUCAUCUUGAAGAACUCGAAAAGAUUCAUCAAGCUGUUCAAGAGGGUAUGAUAUUUGAAAACCGAUACACUCAAUACACUAUGGAGACAUUACGCGUUGGAUGGGAACAAUUACUCACUUCUAUAAAUCGUAAUAUCAAUGAGGUUGAAAAUCAAAUUCUUACCAGAGAUUCGAAGGGUAUCACGCAAGAACAACUUAACGAAUUUCGUAGUAGUUUCAAUCAUUUCGAUAAGAAUCGUACAGGUAGAUUGGCUCCUGAUGAAUUCAAGUCUUGUCUCGUUUCACUUGGAUAUUCUAUUGGAAAGGAUAGGCAAGGCGAUAUCGAUUUCCAACGUAUCCUAGCUAUUGUUGAUCCAAAUAAUUCUGGUUACGUACACUUUGACGCGUUCCUAGACUUUAUGACUCGUGAGUCUACAGAUACGGAUACGGCUGAACAAGUUAUCGAUAGUUUCCGUAUACUUGCCGGAGACAAGCCGUACAUCUUGGCAGACGAAUUGAGAAGAGAAUUGCCACCUGAUCAGGCUGAAUAUUGUAUUCAACGAAUGCCACCUUAUAAAGGACCGAACGCAAUUCCUGGAGCAUUAGAUUAUCGUUCGUUCUCUACUGCUCUAUAUGGUGAAUCGGAUUUGUAAAGAUAAAAAUGUGUUAAAAAUUGAGGGAACUUUUGGAUGAUUUCCAUUUAAAAAAGAAAAAAAGAAAAAAAAACAGAUCAAAAGUUAUUCGAAACAUUCGUCACGUUUCUGAUGCAUCUUUAUAAAUUAAGAAUCUCAAUACGAUAAAAAAAAAAAAANAAAAAAAAAAAAAAUAGCCUAGCAUAAAAAGAUAUAAUGUUCAAAACGAUGAAAAAGGUCUAAUUUGUUUAUACGCGUCACGAGUGUUAGCAAUUUUUUAUUCGUGAUAUUUUUUUAACGUAAGGGAACCUGAGAGCUGUGUCGAUAAACACCGUUUGAUGAACACCGUUACGAUGUCUAUCAUAUUGUUACGAAGUAAAAAAUCGAUAAUGCUCGAUAAAGAGGGUCCGUACUUAAAUGAAUAAGUCUGUACAGUGACAAUAAAUGUACAAUUUUAGAUACCUUAACGUUAAAAGAAUAGCACACAAUCAAAUACAUCAAGUUCUUCUAGAACGUUUGCUUCUUGCCUAUGUCUGCGAUGAGUCCUAUAAUUAGUAAGUUAAUAUUUCAAUUGUAUAUAAACAUGUCCGAGAAGUCACACGAGUAUCAGUAAUAGAGACAAAUAAUAAGCAUUUCCUUUUCGCAAGCGUUCCAGAAAAGGAUAUAAAACUAUACUGUUCCAUAAAUGAAUAUUGUAUUAAAAUGAGCAAUUUAAUUAAAUGGUUUAUUAUGUACAAUUUAUUACGUGCGCCGAUAUUGCAGCCUUACACAUUUAUUAUUAUUAAGAAAGAAAUCAUAUAUAUAUAUAUAUAUAAAAUAUAUAUAGUUUAUCGAUAAUAUUUAUAUAGUUUUGACAAAGAUGAAUUGAAUUCAAAUGUUUUUAUCAAAGUAUAAUUUAAUUUCCUUUUGAUUCAUCUAAAUGAAACGAUUAUUUCAAUUAUAUUUAAAUAACGUGAUAUGAGACGUGUAUCUCACAGUUCCUAAAUGCAAUUUCGUAAAUCGAUGGAUUUUUUUAUUACUUUUAGUUUUAAAACGAACUUUUUUUUUUUCAAAAGAAAUAGAUAUGAUUCAAAUAUAAGGCGCAAAUCGAUGUUCGUAAAAUAAAGCGAAAAUUCAUAAUAUGUGUAUAAAUUAAGAUUAUUAACGAUGUAAACGAAUUUUUGAAAAUGCGUACGUAUAUACGAAACGACCUUCUCGCUAAGGAUCCAGAAAAAUUAUUACGCUCGAAAUCGAACAUGAUGUUCAUAUUUUUUUAUAAUUAAGCGGUAUUAAGAAUUCUUGAACGAGAAAGCCGCUUUUAUCUUUUUUUUUUUUUUUUUUUUCGUAAAUCGCAUAUUAAAUAAUAAUGCGAAACGAUGCUAAAGAAAGCAAAUUAUUUAUUUAUUUUGAAUGAAAUAAUUAUUUAUUAUUGUUCCGAUAUAAUUAAUUACCGUAGUAAACGAAGCCACUUUUUCAAAGUAUUUAUUUUUAUAAAUAUUUGAGAGAAGUGAAGAUAAACGAAAGGCCACUGUAAUAUAAGAAUUAUUGUAAAAUUUCCAAAUAGCAACCGCCAUUUUUUUGUGUCAUGUGUAUUCAGAUCACACAAUUUAUAUUCAACAGCCUAAAAUAUUUCAUCAUUUAAUCGAAUCAUUGUCGUCCAAUAUCAUUAUGUUAUCUCAAUGCCAUGGAAGACGCUCGUGUGUGAAAUGCAAUUAUUCGAGAAAAAAGAAAAAGUACACGGUAUACUUUUUUUUCAUGCUUGGAACUUAAUGCUUCUUCAAUCUAUCUAUCUUAACGCGUUUUUGCGAGUUCACAGUAAUUUCUUUUAUCUUUAUUUUCGUUAAAAAAAAAAAUGUUAUUAUAUUGGGCUUUUUAUAGGGAUAAAAAAAUAUAUAAAAAGAACUGGAAAGAUCUACUGAUCUACCAAACACUAUACAAGUUCAAGUAUAUGUUGUAAACACAUAAAAAAUAUACAAAUACACACACGCACACGCACAUACGCACAUACACAACAUAUGUAUAUAUAUCUAUAUAUAUACUCACGUACAUUACAUAUACAUAUCCAUGGAUGAAGUUAUGAACAUUCGUAAUAUGAAAACAUAAUUAAUUUAAAAAUCACUACGUAUGUGUUCAAUGUAUGUAUAUGCCGAAAGAAAUCUUUCUAAAAAAAAUCAAAUUUUCGAUAUGUUCAAUAUCGUAUUGUGUACACAUAUACAUUCUCAUUAAUAAUCACAUGUAUGCAUAAUUAUAAUUCUUAUAAUUUUACAUUAAUUUAAUAUAAUAUUUACAAUUUUAAUUUGUUUCAAAUAUCAGCUCGACAAUCGUAUCAUAUUUUUCAUGUAAUACUUGUCGAUUCUACUACUUUUGUUUUAUCAAUUUCAUCUUCCUCAGCUAGAUUAAUAACAAAAAAAAAAAAGUAUUAUAAAAUAUCAAGCUAGGAGAAAAAAAAAUAAAGGUCUUUGAAAAGAGAGCGAGAGCGCGCGCGCGAGAGAGAGAGAGAGAGAGAGAGAGAGAGUGAAGACCGUUCAAAUUUUGUAUUGAAAAAAAAAAAGCGUAAAAAUUGGGUAUAAUUGUUUUUAACGUAUCCUAGUAUGCGUCAUAUCAAGUGGGCGAAAUAAUAACAAAAAAUAUUUAAAUAAAAAUUUCUAACAGUGUGGUUAAAAA